AUGGCGAGGAAAGCGGAGUUGCCUCCGACUCUGAUCCCCGUGCCAGGAAAUUUCGAACUCCGGCUGCCGAGCCGGGAAGCCUCCGACUACGGCUGCCGUGUUGGGAGGUCUCGAACCCCGGCUGCCGUGUCGGGCUGCCGUAUCGGGAGGUCUCCGACUCCGGCCGUCAUGCCGGAAACUGAAUCCGCUGUUCCCUUUGGCUUACACGUGGCCAUCAAAAAGGUGCCACGGAACCGCAUCCGGCACUGGGGCGAGCUGCCCAAUGGCACCAGCGCACCACUGGAGAUAGUGCUGCUGGACAAGGUGUCCACAGGCUUCCCCGGUAUGGUGCAGCUGCUGGAGUGGCUUGAGCUCCCCAACGUCAUUGUGAUGGUGCUGGAGCGCCCAGAGCAGUGUCAGGACCUGCAACGUUUCAUUCGUGCCUGGAGGUUCCUGUCCGAGGAAGAGGUGCGGGAGCUGUUCCGGCAGGUCCUGGAGGCCGUGCAGCACUGCACCAGCUGCGGGGUCCUGCACAGAGAUAUAAAACCUGAGAACAUCCUGGUUGACCUGGACACCAGCCAGGCAAAACUGAUUGACUUUCGCUGUGGCACCUACCUGCAGGACACAGCCUACACUCAAUUUGCAGGAACACCGUCAUACAGCCCCCCGGAAUGGAACGACUUUGGGUGGUACCAUGGCGAGGCAGCGACCGUCUGGUCCCUGGGCAUCCUGCUGCACGAGAUGGUCUGCGGGGAGCACCCUUUCAGGAGGGGCAGGAACAUCAGAUGGGGCCAGCUCCCGCUGCCACAACGGCUCUCCCAAGCAGAAUACAUGCUAUGGGAAAGGCAGUGGAAAAAACAUCUGAAACAGUUGGCAGAUGCAUAUGCCAAAGAUGCCAACAAACCAAAUUUAACUCUAGAACAACUGGCAGGAGAAGGUGACUUCCAGAAACCAAGAGAUCAGGCCCGAGAUCUGCCCGAGGCAGCGUUACAUGACAUCACUAAUGCUGCCAAGACGUCUCUUUUUGUCACUCCCGAUGAUAAAGUGCCUACGCAGAGCUUCACAAACAUUAAACAAGGGGCAAGUGAGUCCUUUAUUAAGUUUGUGGAUAAACUAAAAUUGGCAAUUGAAAAACAAAUAGAGGGCUCCCAAGCACCAAAGGAAUUACUGGCCAAAAUGGCAAUGGUCAAUGCAAAUUCAGAAUGUAAGGCAGUUUUGCGAGCCCUUCCACUUGACCCCGAACCAACCAUUGACCAAAUGGUUGAAGCCUGCACCAAGCACUUUGCUGCCCCAACUGAGAAUACGGUUCCCCUCAAUCCCACCGCCAUGUGGGCUCAGGUUGUGGACUCCAACAGGCCUAUCAUAGAGUGCCACCUGUUCUGUAAAGGGGAAAAGAUCCAUCGCCCAGGAAUGGUAGACACAGGAGCGGACAUUACCAUCAUUGCCCGUUCCGAGUGGCCAGCCAACUGGGAAUUGCAGCCUGUGGCGGGGAUUUCGGGAAUUGGGGGAGUGACGGUGUCUAUGAGAAGCAGGCACAAUGUAAUAGUAGAAGGUCCCGAAGGAAAAAUGGCGACCAUCUGGCCAUUUGUUCAGCUGACCAUCAGAGACGACCCCAAGACCCUGUGGGACCUACAUCAGCUCUGCGGGUCCAUCAACUGGGUACGUCCCCUGCUUGGAAUCACAACGGAAGUCCUCGCGCCCCUCUUCAAUCUGCUCCGCGGCAGCGAGAACCUCGACUCACCGCAUGCCCUCAUGCCGGAGGCCCGAGAAUCUAUUACCAAGGUCCAGGAGGCCCUGUCUUCGCGGCAAGCCCACAGCUAUGAGCCCAGCCUGCCCUUCCAACUGGUUGUCCUGGAGCCUGACCCCCCUGUAAUACGGCACUUCUCCAAUUCGACCCAUGCCAAACUCAAUGAGAAGCCGCCGGUGCUGAUCAAAGACCCUGAAUCACAGCAAACACUGGAACCUUUCCCAUUGAUUACCUGGGGGAGAGGGUUCUCAAAAACAACAAGCCACCACAGCCUGGAGACGGAGACGUCGCUGGAGCCCACCGAGCCGGCCUGCCACCAGACCAUCAAGACUGCCAAAAGACAAGAACCAACAUACAGCUCAACACUGUGA